CCACUGUCAGGACUCAGUGAGCCCUAGGUAUUAAUGAUUAUCCAGGAGCAAAGAGCUUUCAACCCACACUGUCAGUACCUGGCUGCCUUGAGUGAUGUGGUGGGACAGAACAUAGCCCAGAAGCCUGCACUUCUUGAAGUUGGCCAGAAGGUGGUGCUGCUGCUUCAUUUGAGCCAGUACUAACCAGGGCUCAGGGCUGCUGAGGUUGGGACAUUUACAGCAUUUAUAACUCUUUCAUUACCAUUGGGUUAACAGUAUACCAGCCACUAUUUUAUGCCUCUGGACCUCAGAAGUAAGGCAUUAUUCUGGUUCUAAUGCAUUUAGCGUCAAGGUGGGUCCCUAUUGAAGUGCCUGAAGCUCAGCAGAUUGGAGGUUGAGCCUCAUUGUUGCAUGGGUCGAGCCUUCUAUUAGGUGAUACUUCCUGGAUGUGUUAGUUUUGUAAACUUCUGCCGUUUUUUUCUUUAUUUCUGAGAGAUAAGACUUACAAGCAUAAUUAUGGCUUUCCUGUGUUAGGGAGCCCUGAUGGGUUUGUUUGGGUUUUUCUGUGUCAGAUUUGGAAAACCAGAGGUUCCCCAUGUAACCUAAUAGAAAGACGCCCACAAUAAAUUACUUAUCUAGCUCUCAUUAGUAUACUGUCAUACCACAGAUCUGUGGCGCCAGAAUGCCACUCGCCUCAAUGGUGGCUUGUAUCACUAGAUCGUAUUUCUCAAAAUCCGUGUUACCAACCAAAAAUUUAAACACACUCAAUUAGUAAGCAUGCAUUCCAAUACCGAAAACACAUGCCAUCAAAAAAAAAAAAUUAAGGAGAACAAAAAUGUAGUAAUGAAAGGAGUAAACUGAGAGGUUGUGUUGUGACGGGGUGAAUUGGUUUGAAAAGGGUAGAGGAAGAAGGGACAUUUGCUCUGGCUUCAAAUUAGUUCAUUACUGCCCAGCCUCUUUAACUGAUAGGCCCAUCUCCAAUGCUGCAUAGCUGACAACACAGAAAAACAGGUCUCUAGGAUGAAUCAUUUGUCUAUUUCCCAAUCUUCUUGAUAAUGCCUUUUGACUGCUAAACUUGUUUCCUGUUUACAGAUUUCCUUGCCGCUUGAGCUUCAGCAGGACCCCUGAUAUCAUCACGUUAGGGCGUCCCUCCACGCUGUCCUUUGGCCAUGGCAGAUAUGUCAAUGACCUUACAUUCACUGCGAUUCAACAAUAUGCUGAGGGAGGAAAAUGCCGACCCCCAAAACAGGGGGACGACCUUCUCUAGACCAGUGACAGAAACCAGAACGGAGGUCCAAAUUCUGCCUUCUCCUGCAGAGUUGCCCAUAGCCUCAACUUCAGCUUCAGACCCUGGAGGGAUGUCCACACAGCUAAUGACAUCCCCAGCCUUUGACACCAUGUCUGCACCUCUAAUGGGAGCACCAGACUCUGAAGCACUGUCCCCACCGCUAUUGCCAACCUCGGACUCUGGGACACUGUCCCCAUUACUAAUGCCAUCCUCAGAUUCUGGGACACUGUCCCCAUUGCUAAUGCCAGCCUCAGAUUCUGGAGUGCUCUCCCCAUUGCUAUCCACUUCAGACUAUGGGUUAAUGUCCCCAGGGCUGAUGACAAUUCCUGACUUUGGAACGAUGUCCACAGCACUAAUGGCAGCACCAGAUUCUGGAGAGAUAUCACCAUUGGCGAUGCCAGCUUCAUCUUCUGGAGUGCUGUCUACACCUAUAAUGAGCACCCCAUCCUCUGAAGCAAUGUCCACACCAUUAAUGCUACCCUCAGAUCCUGGAGAGAUAUCCCCACUGCUUAUGCCAGAUAUAAACCCUGGAGGGACAUCCGCCCAGCAAAUGACAUCUCCAGGCUCUGAAGCAAUGUCCCCUUUGCAAAUUACAGACGAAGACACUGAAGCAAUGUCCAAAGUGCUAAUGACUGCUCUAGCCUCUGGAGAGAUCUCUUCCCUGCUAAUGUCAGGCACAGACUCUGAAGCAAUAUCCUCACUGAUAAUGUCAGCCCUAGCUUCGGGAACAAUGCCAACCCAGCCAAUGAGCACCCAAGACUCUGGGGGAAUGCCCACCCCAGUAAUGUCCGGCCCGGACUCCAGAGUAAUGUCUUCACUGCUAACAUCAGCUCCAGGCUCCGGAGCAAUGUCCACACCACUACUGUCAGUUCCAGAUGCUGGAGAAAUGUCCACAUUACUAAAGCCAACCCCAGGCUCCGAAGCAGUGUCCCCACUGCUAAUGACUGCUGUAGCCUCUGGAGGGAUGCCAGCCCAGCUAACGCCAGGCCAAGGUUCUGGAUUGAUGUCCCCACUGUUACAAAAUCUAGACUCUGGAAUCAUGUCUACUCCGCCAAUGAGAGCAACAGCCUCCGGAGUGACGUCCACAUUGCCAAUGAGAGCCUCAGAUUCUGGAGCCAUGUCCACACCACUAAUGAGAGCCACAGCCUCUGGACAUACGUCUACAUUGCCAAAGACAGUCCCAGCUUCUGGAGCAGUGUCCACCCCACUGAUGACAGUCACAACAUCUGAAGCAAUGUCCACCGAGAAAAUGUCAGCCACAGCCUCUAGAGUGGUAUCCACACAGUCAACAAUGGCCAAAAAUUCUGGAGCAAUAUCCACAGGGUUUAUGAAAGCCACAGGCAAUGGAGCAAAGUCCAUGCAGUGGACAAGAGCCUCAGUCUCUGGAGUGAUGUCCCCACCUUUAAUGAGAGCCACAGCCCCUGAAACAGUGUCCAUGUCACAAUUUACAGCCCCAGCCUCUGGAUCGAUGUCCACACUGCAAAUGAGAGCCCCAGACUCUGGAGCAACGUCCAUGUCACAAAUGAGAGCCACAGCCUCAGGAGUGAUGUCGACAUCACAAAUGAGAGCCACGGCCUCCGGAGCAAUGUCCAUUCCACUAACGUCAGCCAAAGCCUCAGGGUCGAUGCCCACACUGUUAACGAGAGAUACAAACUUGGGAGUAAUUUCUAUGCCACAAAUGAGAGCUACGGCCUCUGGAACAUCAUCCAAGCCACUAAUGACAUCCAAAGUCUCUGGAGAAAUGUUCACACAGCAAAUGACAACCACAACUUCUGGAGAGGUAUCUACAACACUAAUGAGAGACACAGCUUCUAGAGGGAUGUCCAUGCCACAAAUGAUAUCCACGGCCUCUGGAGGGAUGUCCAGGUCGCUAAUGAGAGCCCCAGCCUCGGGAGUGAUUCCCACCCCACAAAUGACAGCCACAGCCUCUGGAGCUAUGUCCAUGCCACUAAUGAGAGCCACAGCCUCUGGAAAGGUGUCCAGUCAGCCAAUGAGUGCUCAAGAUUCUGGAGGGAUGUCCACAUCACUCAUGAGAUCCAUGACCUGUGGAGGAAUGUCUACACUGCAGCCGAGAGCCCCAGCCUCUGAAGUGAUGUCCGCACCACUAAUGAGAGCCUCAGAGUCUGGAGAGAUGCCCAAAGUGCUCAUGAGAGGGCCAUCAUCUGGAGAAAUGUCUCCACCACAAAUGAGAGCCUCAGCUUCUGGAGAGAUAUCUACACCAGCUUAUGGAGUGAUGUCCACUCCACAAAUGACUUCCACAGCCUCUGGAAUGAUGUCCAUGACACAAAUGAGAGUUCCAGUCUCUGAAGUGAUGUCCACACCACUAAUGAGAUCCACAGCCUCUGGAGCUAUGUCUAUACCUCAGAUGACAUCCAUGGCCCCUGGAGGAAUGUCCAUGCCGAUGAUAAGACCUCCCAGCUCUGGAACAAUGUCCACACCACAAAUGAUGCCCACAGCUUCUGGAGGGAUGUGCACUGAUUUCAUGAGAACUCCAGCCUCUGGAAAUAUGUACAUGGCACAAACAACAGCCAUGGCCUCUGGAGGGAUGUCCAUGCCACUAAUGAGAGCCACAGACUCUGGAACAAUGGCCACGCCAUUAAUGUCAGCCAUGGCUUCUGGAGAGAUGUCUAAGCCACUAAUGAGAGCCCCAGCCCCGGGAGCAAUGUCCACGCUGCAAACAAGAGCCCCAAGCUUUGGAUCUAUGUCGACACCGCAAAUGACAUACACAGCUUCUAGAGGGAUGUCCACAUUACCAACGAGAGCCUCAGCUUCUGGAGCAAUGUCCACGCCACUACUGAGAGCCACAGUCUCUGGAGGGAUGUCCAUGCCACAAAUGACAGCCAUGGCUUCUGGAGGGCUGUCCAGGCCGCUGAUGAGAGCCCCAGCCUCGGGAGCAAUGUCCACAACCCAAGUGGAAGCCACAGCCUCUAGAGUGAUGUCCAACCCAGAAACCAAAACCACAGACUCUGGAAAGACAUCCACCUGUCACAUCAACACUACAUCCUCUGGAUCAACGUCCACACCAUGUGCGACAGCCACAAGCCCUGAAAUGAAGAACCCACCACCAAAGGAAGUCCGAUCCUUUGGAAUGUUGACCCCAGCACUCUGUUACCUCUUAGAAGAACAGGAAGCAGCCCGAGGUUCAUGCCCUGUGGAAGAGGAGAUGGAGAUUGAUGAGGAGAAGCAGAUGAAGUGUUUUUUGGACGAUUCGGAGAAAAUGGCAUUUCUGGUGUCUCUUCAUUUGGGGGCAGCAGAGAGGUGGUCCAUCUUGCAGAUGGAGGUAGGAAACCCCCUCUCAGGUGCAAAUAAAUCUUUCCUGAGAAGAUCACAAGGCUUAUAUGAAUCCUUAUCUGAGGUAGACAUCCUCAGUGCUGUUCUUUGCCAUCCCAAGCAAGGCCAGAAGUCAGUCAGGCAGUAUGCCACUGACUUUCUACUGCUGGCCCGACAUUUGUCUUGGUCUGAUGCCAUUUUACGGACCAGGUUUCUGGAAGGGCUCUCAGAAGCUGUUGCCACCAAAAUGGGCCGGAUCUUCCUGAAGGUUGCCAGCAGCUUAAAGGAGCUGAUAGACAGGUCUCUCUACACUGAGUGCCAGCUGGCUGAAGAGAAGGAUUCGCCAGGCAACUCAAGCCAGGAUUUGCCGUCAGCCUGUAAGCGGAAUAAUGAGGAGGCAAUGGAGAAUGAAUUGAACUCUCAUCAGCAGACUGAAGAGCACCAGCAUGUUCCCAAACGCUGUUACUACCUGAAAGAGCAUGGAGACCCCCAAGAAGGUCUUCACGAUCACCUUCGACAGAGCACAGGCCAUCCGAAGGCCCCCACUGACAAGUAAUGCUCAAUGGAUUCUUCUCCUGUGGUAUCCGACUCUGCUGCUAACUUGAGGACUGGUUUCUGGACCCAUCCCAUUCAAUUACGUCAUAAACCUUGUUGCCUUCUGCCUUCAGCUUCCCCAUCCAGGCACAUCCCACCCUACCUGCCACUUAGCUGACUUGACCUUAUCCUUCACCCCACAUGCCUAUGA